AUGUCCGAGGGACAACAGCCCCAUGGCGGUGAAUACCGCCAGCAUUUGCCAGACACCAGCACGCCGCGCUUCACAACGAUGCGAAGCCAGGAUGCUCACGAAUACGCCAAAGUCUUCAAAGAGGGCGGCAACCCGCCGUGGCUGCACGCCCUGUAUCUCCACUGGCGCAACCUCUUCAAGGAACCCUACACGGGCAUCACCACAGACGAACCAGGCACGGUAAAGCGCGACUUGUUCCAGCUCGCGGAUGAAGGGAUCCCGAUCCAGGACAUCGUCGACGCCGCCAACGCCGUUCUGUCACAACUCGACGACAACCAAAAAGCAGUCCUCUCAUACCACAUCGACUCGCCCGAGUGGCGCUCAUGGUCGAACCCAGAGUUCCUCCUCAGCGACAAGGGCCUGCGCCUCGACGAGCUCAGCCCGACCCUCCGAGACGGCAUCCUGAAAGUCCUCGAGGCGACGCUGUCGCCCGAGGGCUACGCCAAGGCGCGGGGCGCCAUGCGCAUCAACGGCUUCCUGGGCGAGCUGGUCGAGGCGCCCUCCAUCUGCAACGAGUACUCGUACAACUUCGUCCUCUUCGGCGCACCCUCGACGACGCGGCCCUGGGGAUUCUCCUUUUACGGCCACCACCUGUGCCUUAACAUCUUCCUGUACGGCGGCCAGAUCGUCGCGUCGCCGUGGUUCACCGGCGCCGAGCCAAACCUCAUCGACGAGGGGCCGCACAAGGGCACCCGCAUCCUCGAGACGGAGGAGCGGCUUGGCCUGCAGCUGAUGCAGUCACUCCCCGAGGAUCUCCAGCAGAAGGCGCAGACGUACAAGCUGCUCAAGGACCCCGCGAUGCCCAAGGGGAGGUGGAACCACGACGACCAGAGGCACCUCUGCGGCGCGUACCGGGACAACCGCGUCGUGCCGUACGAGGGCGUUCUCGUCGCCGACAUGAGCCCGGAGCAGCAGCGGCUCGUCGUCGGCAUCCUCGAGCAGUACCUCAUCUAUCUGCCGCGCCGGGCGAGGGACAUCCGGAUCGACCACGCCAAGUCCUUCUUCGGCGAGACGUACUUCAGCUGGAUCGGCGGGUUCGGGAACAGCGACCCCUUCUACUACCGCAUCCAGAGCCCCGUCGUCCUCGUCGAGUUCGACCACCACUCGGGCGUCUUCCUGACCAACAUCGAGCCGGCCAAGUUCCACAUCCACACCCUCCUCCGGACGCCGAACGCCGGCGACUACGGGAUGGCGCUGAGGCCGCUGAUCCCCGGCGUCGAGCAGGAUUUCGUGUGGGAAGGGUAG